AUGGUCACUUUGCUCGUCCUGUUCGACUUUACAAAGGCCUUCGAUACGGUCUCCCACAAGCUCCUUCUUCGUAAGCUGUGCUCCUUCCGCCUGUCUCCCUCCGCCUGCCAAUGGGUGCGGUCCUACCUUACGGGGCGUCACCAGCGCGUGCGUGGCCCGGACGGCUCCUUCUCGUCUUGGAUGCCUGUUCUCGCCGGGGUCCCCCAGGGCUCGGUUCUCGGCCCCCUGCUCUUUUCACUCUUCAUUAACGAUCUCAGAUCCGUCCUAAAACAUUGCAACCACAUCCUGUACGCGGACGACCUUCAAAUUAUAUUCACUUUCCACCUGCUGAAAUUGACGCCGCUCUCGCUAAGGUCAGAGCGGACAUUGCCGCAAUCGAGUCCUGGGCCCAGAACAACUUUCUCAUCCUUAACGCUCGCAAAACCAAAUCCAUGCUCCUGGGGUCCUCUAAAUUCAUCAACAGCAUCCCCUCCUCUCGUAUCCAACUUCACCUCAACGGUGCACCAAUUGAAACAACCGACAAGGUCACAAAUCUCGGCAUCUGUCUAUCCAGCUCUCUCAGCUGGUCGGAACAAGUUCGCGGCACCUCGAGCCGCGUCAACGGUAUCCUUUGGCGGCUAA